AUGUCAUCGCAAAAUGUUGGAAAGAAGGAAUUAAAUUCUACACCAGAAAUAUUACUUCGUAAAAGAAGAAAUACUGAUAGAAUAAGAUUAGAAAAACAAGAACUAGCAAAAAAGAAAUUGGCUAAACAAAAUAAGCUUAAGUCUGCCAAAAAGAAUAGAUUUAUUAGGGCAGAAACUAUUGUGGCUAACACGCUAGCUACUGAAAGGGAGAAGGAAAGAAUUAAAAGAGUCUCCAAAGUUGAAUUGAAGAAACUGAAAAAUGAUUUGGACCAUUUGCCUAGUGAAAAAAAUUUUAUAUUAAAAGUAUUUGAGAAGACACCAGAACAAAAGAAGGAAGACGAAGAAUUCGAAAACAACGAAGAUGAAUUUAUAAGAGAGAAAAUUGUCUAUAAUGGUGAACCAACAUUACUCUUUGUUCUUAGAGUUAAGGGUCCAACUAAUGUUAAUAUCCCACAAAAAGUAUUCAAGAUUUUGAAUUUAUUAAGAUUACAAGAAUUGGAUACUGGUGUCUUUAUGAAGUUGACAAAAACUACUUAUCCAUUGUUAAGAUUGAUCUCUCCAUAUAUUGUCAUUGGUAAACCAUCAUUACAAUCUGUUCGUUCUUUAAUACAAAAGAGAAGUAAAGUUAUAUUUAAAAGAGAAACUGAUCCAGAACCUGUGGAGAUUAUAUUAAAUGAUAAUAAUAUUGUGGAAGAAAAAUUGGGUGAAUAUGGUAUUAUUUGCAUUGAAGAUAUUAUUCAUGAAAUUAAUUCUCUUGGUGAAAACUUCCAAGAAGUUAAUUUCUUUUUACAACCAUUUAAAUUGAAUAAAGAAGCUUCGGGCUUUAAUGCAUUAAAUAAAUUGAAAAAAAUUGAGCAAAGUGAACAACAAAAGAAAACACGUAAGCUUUCAAAUUCUUCGGUUGCACCAAUUAUUCAAAUUGAUAUUGACAAACUAUUAACUAAAUUAAAUUGA